AUGGUCAUUCUUUCUGAUGGGGAGAUGAAAAUGGAACUAGCUCGGCUGAUGGCAAUGUGCAGUGGUUUUGAUGAUGGGAACAUUUGGAACUUAGACGAAUCCGCCUGUUUCAUUGCGUAUGCUCCAGAAAAACGUUUAAUCAUUCGCAAAAAUGAAUUUUAUCGAAAAUCAAAAGCGAAAGAUGAGCGCCUUCGCUUCACCCUUACUCCGAUCGUUUCCGCUGAUGGCGAUGGAUCCUUUUUACCAGGGGUCAUCGUCAAAGCAAAUAAAAUGACCACUUGGUCUGGGCUGGAAAGCUCCCGUACUUUUGUGUCCAAUGGCACAACGAUGGUGGCGAAAAAAUUUCCGGGUUUCGUUGCGUACUCCAACCAGAACGGCUGGAUGACCCGGGAAAUUUUCAAGGAGGAGCUUAAGAGAUUCUCUCGGUUCUUGGCCCGGGAAGCGCCUAUCGAUAAUGAAGAUGAAGAGCUCCAGCGCCAACAGAUCGAAAAAGUGGAAGAAGAGCUGCUUAUGGCCCGGGAUUUUGCGCAACUUGAUCUUGGAGAUGAUCGCGAGCAAAUCGAUGAACAACCAGAAAAAGCCAUGGAAAUUGCACCUCAAAAGAAGCCAGAAAAGCCGAAGAAACAAGCAAGCAUUCUUAGUUUUUUUGCAAAAAAAUGA